ACCAUUCCAACACUCUUCCCUGUGCGCUCGCUCCUCCUCGUGCCAUGGCGCUGCUCGCCAUCCAGGGCAUGGCCAUGUCCACCGCCGCCCUUCCAUCCCACCACCACGGCGGCGUCUCCUCCUCUGUCUCCACCUCGUCCUACGCGCUCACGGCCGCAGCUGCCUUCCCCCGUGCCCGCGCUACCCUCGCCGUCGGCGCCGUCACGUCGGCUACCGUCACUCCAGUUCUUGACGUCUACUGUGGGAGAGGGGACAAGAAGACGAAAAGAGGCAAAAGGUUCAACCAUUCAUAUGGCAAUGCAAGGCCCCGCAACAAGAAGAAGGGAACUGGCCCACCACGCCUUUUUGCCCCUCCAGCGCCUCCUAGGAAGGACCAGUUUGAUGAUGGGGAGAUCAUUCCAAUUGAGAUAGAUGAGGACAUCCUGGAAUAGGUUGUCUUAAUUUUGCUUUGAUUUAUCACUGUCCUAAGCUUAACUUGCCUAGCCUGUAUGAAAUACAAUUUCUUUGAAGUAAUUAUUCUCUCUUCUACAUAAUGCACAUGCCUCCACAUUUUCCUUGUUAA